AUGGCUGAUCCUCUAGGAAUCAGGGACUGGGAUUGGAGUCAAGGCAGUUCUAGGUAUUGGGGUCCAGAAAGUAUUGAAUCCUUCGCCGAGGAGACCCUCAAAUACUUCCCUUCAAUCCAGGAUCCCAAAGAGGCACUCAAAGAAUACGUGAAGAAGUACAGAGUCAAAACAGUAUUCUGUACCAACGAAGAUGGAGAGCGUUUUGUUUGGGGACCAGGUAAGGACCGCGCAGACCCUAUUUCCUGACGAAAUGGUGACAAUAGAAGAUGUGGAGAAUUUCGUGACGAAUUAUUGGUUUGAGAAUACAACAAAGACGUACUCUGCAGAGAGGGGUCGGACAUACCGUGUUUUGAAAAGGCCAUUGACAUUGGAAAUUGUUAAUAAACCAAGUCCGAAGGGCUACAGAAAGUUGGUGGCUCAUACCAGCGAGCUGAGGGGCCGUGGAUGGAAUUUACCUGUUGAUGAUAAGCACCAUCUUCUCAAUUUCCCAAGCGGUAAGUGUCUCUAUUUUUGGCAAUAUGGCAUUCAACUAAUAACAUCUAGACAUAAUUUUCCGAAUUCUGGAACUACUCCUAGUUGCUCCCAAAAAUGCAAUCAUUCGACCAGUGACCGUCACGAGCAAUUGGAGAAAAACCUACACAACCGCUUCCUUCAAAUUAUUAGAGAAACUUCGAAAACGUAAUCAGGAUACCGACCCAUUCCAAUUUAUCGAAAGGAAUGUGUUGAUUGCAUGGGUUCCCAAAAGAGAUGCCGAUGGCCCCUACACUAUGAAACGACAGAUUAUCCUUCCUAUACUGGACGCCACAGUCCUGAGAACCUGCAAAGUCCUCUAUGAAUAUGGAUCAAAGAUACUCUACGGGUACAACGAGUUCGAUUUCGAUCUAUUCGACCCGCACGACGAACUAUAUUUUCCCCGUCGUUCUCUAUUCGGCAACAAAACCUACCGUCCUCGACCUUUCAAACCAUCUGGAAGCCGGUGGAUGGGAGAAAUCAAUGAGGGCAUCACUCAAAUAAUCCAGCGUCGACCGGUCACAAUGAUCGAGGGUUAUAUCUAUUGCGACCCUUUCCUGAGAUUUCUUCACACCAUUGGACCGAGAAAUGCUGCUCUACUUGGUGGUUUGGUCUUUACAGGGAGAAUGAAACUCUACAGAUGCCCAGAUCGAAACAGCGAUACGCCCAGACAUAAAUGCGCUGAUGGCCUUGAGGAAAGUAUACAGGUCUAUAUUCCGUUCAUGGAAAAGUUAUGUAAGGAACUCCACACCUUAGCCCUCUUUCCGUGGGAAGUUGGACUUUGGAACCCUGAUGUGGUAGUUCCACGGGAACAACCAAAAGAUUCUGAGGAGGCUGUUAAUCAGCUCGUUCGACAUUCGAUUUCAAAACUAACAAGUCUCAAAGACCUUUUUGUUCUUCAGCAUGAAAUCACUGGUAGGUUUGUCUCGAUACGGAACUGGGACCUAGACGAUGACGACCUCUUGUGGGAAGACCGAGGUCGGAAUGUUCCAAUUAAAUCUGCCAUGGCCGAAUGGAUCAAUGUCCAGAAUGAGUAUCGACAAAGACAGAAGAAAGAGGGAGCGACAUCCUCAACAAUCGCACGUCGUUCCACAGCUCAAAGCAGACAACACGUUCACUCAAAAACACAAGACCCAGUAUGUGAUUUCUGUGGCGAGAACCACGUUUGGCCAGACUGCUUCAACCUUUGCAACGUUUGUGGAGAAUAUGGUCAUUGGGGAUCGUUAUGCUUGGAUGAAUUUCGAUCAGGGUUUUCAGAACGCCCUCCGCGAUGA